GACCUUGAAAGCAGGAAGCGCAGCCACAUCCACAACUCGAGUCAAACUGCAGACAGCUCGACCCACUCGCCCGUACCACGAUUGAGAAAAUAUCCAUCAGACAAGAUGUUUUGGAGGCUUUUCUUCGUGACAUUUUUACUAGGCCUCUUGGGGUCGACGUCCGGCCUAGACUUGGCGGAAGAUGGUUGUAUGAAGUUAUUCAAUUGUGAAGCAUGCUCGAAUAUGACUGACUGCCAGUGGAUGAAUUGCACAGAUGCACAACUGUGUCGUAAUGCUUCCAUUGAAAAUGAAACGCUCGGCUGUAUCAAUUUCAACUGCACUGGGACAUCAACAGUGAGCCCACCAGUGACCACCCCUGCCAACACCACAAACAGCACCGUUCGGCCUUCUAACACCACCACAGUGAUCACCACUAAAUCACCAACAGUGGCACCGACUCAAAAUGGCACAGUCUCGAAUACCACGACCGUGGCACCUACUACUUCUCCACACAAGAAGUCCACUUUCGACGCCGCCAGCUUCAUCGGAGGAAUCGUCUUAGUUCUUGGCCUUCAAGCUGUCAUCUUUUUCCUUUACAAGUUCUGCAAGUCCAAAGAUCGUAACUACCACACCCUGUAACGCACGCUGCCACCUGGAGGCACCACGCAGCACCUCAAAUCCCACACUCCUGCCCUUACGAGAACGAAACAGAGACAGUGCACAGAUAUUCCUUCAACACCUUUGUGAUCUCCUCUGUUUAGCCAUCUAUUCGAAAUAUCUCGUGUGAUUUUAGCUUUAAAUUCAAGCUCUCACAAUGGCUCUGUAAAUUCAUUAACACGUACAUUAACACACAUACACACAACAUACAGACUGACGCCCUCGUGUGAAAUACGUCCUGCCACUUCAAAGCCACAAAUCAUCUCUAUCAGCUCUUUUUUUAGUCCGUGAUCAAAACAGUGCUUUGUCUUGCCAAUAUUUUUGGCGAUUUGGUUUCGAGGCACUGUGAGCCACCGAAUUCCAUCGUAUUGCUGUAACUGUCCAUUUCCAGUGUUAAGUUGUAGGAUAUAUCACGAGGGCCUGUUCUCUUCACUAGAACCGUGUUUUCAGUUGUUUUUUGAGGUUGCUGUGAAUAAUGUUUCUUUCUAUGGUGUCCAGUGUCCGAAUGAAAUCACAAGAAACAUUUAACAUGCGUCAAUCCCCUUCUCUGUGCCUAUACUCCCAUAUAAAAUGUCAAAACAAUGCUUGGAUCGAUUAGGACUAGUUAGGUUUUUCCUUUCCAAAACCCUUCAGACUUUUGGUGUUUUUGUAUUUUUUUUAAUCGUAUCUUCAUUCAUACCAGCCAAGAGAGCACACACGUGUAUUAAGUCACAUAACACUGCUUAUUUUAGUCUCUAGUGGCCAAAACUGCACGAAGGACAACCGUCAGCUUUUAAAACCCAUUACAAACUGGCAUUUUUUUGGUCAUGGAGAAUAAUCUUGGCAAAACUGCAGUUCCUUGCUUACCGUGUGGAUUUAGAAGAUACAGACAAUUUUAAGAUGUAUGUUUAGGAGUUUAUGAGGAUUUAAGCCAAAAUUGAGAUCAAGUAAUAGCUCUUGGUUUAGCAUUAGUUGAUUCUUCUGCAAAGAGGGGCACUUUGAGGGCUGGGGAUCGUGGAUCCUCUUUAAAAUGAUAAGACAGUUGAAGUGCCUUUAGAUGCAGGCGGUGGAUUACUUUAGUUGAGGUUGAGGAGUGAUAGGUUUAGUCCCUCUUCCUCUUCAAGCCUUAAAAGUGUGAAUGUGUUUGUGGCGAGCGGUUGUUGAGGUUGUAUUUGUGCCAGGCUCUGCUUUAACCUGCUGGACUAGACCGUGUUUGUGUGUCGGAUUGCUUGUGUUGAUGAAAUAGAUAUAGUGUCUGCCAGCUGGACUGAUUGCUAUACAGAGUAGAUAAUAAAAAGAUAAAUAAUUUGUUUGCUGUUUAUGGAUUAAUGCUUUCCAAAGGCUUUCGUUCUCGAAUUGUUUCGCUUGCACACAAAUGCUGGUUAGAUUCUAGCACUCCCGAUGCUCACGUUUUUCAAACUGAUCAAUAUUUAUAUACUGAACUCCUAUAUUUGACCAGAAACUGACCAUAUAAAUCAAUAUUAAUAUGUAAGGCACUAAAAUGUCUUAAGAUUUAUGUAGGUUUAUGUUGAUGAGCCCUUGUGCUGAAUGCCAUUUAAGAAGUACAUUUCUAAAACUGUGACCGAGCAAGGUAAAAACGUCUUCAAGAUUUGUUUUGCCUAUUCCGUCUGUGAACCAACUGUUGCUACAAUCAUCCACAAAGUUAUGGAUGGAAUCUUAGAACAGAUGUGUCUCGGAUCAACAAACAGAUUGUGUUAUGCUUAGCUUGGAUUCCUUGGUUUGGGAUGUGAUUCUUGUGGUCGGGGGGCUUCUGUUCACAUUCAAAAGUGAACUUUGGCCUUGCCUGAUACCUGCCUUAUGUGAAACAGUGGUUUUGGACUUAUUUGGUACUCGGUUCGUAAAUUUCGUUUGUCUGGCUACUGAACUGAUCCAUGAUGUGGACGAGGGCUUCAAACUUUAAUUUGUUUUUUUCCUCCAUUCCUGUGUUAUAACGUUUGGAUAUUAAUAAUCAGAAUAAGCUUGCUGCUAAUAACAUCCUUGUCGGUUUGAAAAGCGUUCAACGUUCUUUAGGUUGCGAAUCUUUUAAUGGCGAAAAUUAAUCUUUUUUUAUACAGUGUUGGUUCUUCACAUGCCAACUCUGAAAUGUUAAGCCAUUCCCAGCAUUGUGUUUAUUUCACGUUUCUUCAAAGAUGAAUGUCUAAACUCUUUAUUGAUUCUCUCUCAUUGCUUGUGUAUUGUCGUAUCGCAGUGCAUUAAUGUUGUGCCGAGUAACUAAAAAGCUGCUAUAAUGCAUCACCAACUUCAUCCCCUCAUUUUAUUAUCAUAGUCUUAGUAUAGUCAGGGAAAAGUUUGCCUUUUUGCUUCAGCAAUGCCAAAUUACAAACACUGCUGUGUUUGAAAUGUAUUUUUUGUUAUGACUUAACCAGUGCUGACAAAUCGAUUAAUCGUGAUUAAUCGAUUACAAAAUGAAUGUUUGUGUUUACAAAAUGUAUGUGUGUGGCAUGUAUAUUUAUGUAUAUAUAAAUGCACAGUCCUAUGUGCAUAUAUGUAUUAAAAACCAACGAAACACCCCACACACACACAUAAAAAACAAACAUUUAUUUUGGAACCGAUUAAUCACGAUUAAUCGAUUUGACCGCACUAGAAUUAAGACAAAAUUACACAGCUCCUCACAGUAUUGGCUGUCUAUUAUUGGAUUUUACAAGAGCCCACUUAGUUGCAAAUGGAUUUGAGUUGUGCAUGUCGAGUGCUGUAAAGAGCAUUACUUGUUUCAUUUAAGUUUUUGAAUUACAAAGAGAUCGAUGAAGUUUGCUUAUGUUUUGUUGAGAAUGUAAACUGCACAAUAAGUGUUUCACACCUAGUCUGUGGCAUUUGAUCUCUAGCGCCAUCAUGUUUGCAUGCAUUUAUCGAUGGAUUUUUACAGACACAGCCAUGAAAAAUGCCACUUUUGUUGUCCCUCCCAACACACAAAGUGUUGCAUUGCUGCACCUUUUUGAAGAAAAAGUGCCUUAAUUAUUUAAGAUUUGUGAAUGAGGAUGAAUGGUGAAGACAUACACUCAAAGGGGCUUGAUCUUGCUGGAAUGAUUGUUAGGUUUAUUGAAGUUGUCAGCGGAUAGAGAGGAACAUUGAGUAUUGCAUCUUGCUUGUGCCAUCAUUUUUGCUUUUGUUUCGACAUUUGAAGAAGGUUGCAUUUCUUUCGGUUUCAUUUUUGUAACUUUUGGCCUGUUGUGCUUUUUCUUAAUAGCUUCACAUGUACAGCGCACGCCCCAUGUAUGCUUGAUGUUAAUGAUAAGACACUGUUCUUGCGUCUGCUGCAAGAGUUUGCCUUAAUUGUUUUAUGCUCUAUGUUGGUUUUACUUCUCUGGUUGUCAGAUUCUUUAAUUUGUCUUUUGUGUUUUUCUUGUUUCAGACCUGCAUUUGCAGAUAGGUUUAAAAUGUUGUGAUCAAUUAAAGUUUGAAUAUGGUAAAACCAA